CAAAUUAAGAUCAAUAAUAUAUAAGUUCUUUACAGAUUCGGUAAUAAUUCUGUGUAUGUUAUAUUUCAGAUCCUUAGCGGUAGGCAAGAAAACUGGAUACAAAUUGUUUUCAUUAAGUUCUGUGGAAAAACUUGACCACAUUUAUGAUAGUAAUGCAUGUGAAGAUAUCAGCAUUGUGGAGAGAUUAUUCUCCAGUAGUCUGGUUGCCAUUGUUAGUCUUUCAUCACCAAGGAAACUUAAAGUCUGUCAUUUUAAGAAGGGCACAGAAAUAUGCAACUAUAGCUACUCUAAUUCUAUAUUAGCAGUAAAAUUAAAUAGACAGAGACUGAUAGUAUGUUUGGAGGAGAGUUUAUACAUACACAACAUAAGAGAUAUGAAAGUUCUACAUACUAUACGUGAUACCCCACCCAAUCCACAAGGUUUAUGUGCACUCUCCAUUAACAAUGAUAACUGUUUCCUAGCUUACCCCGGUAGUAACCAGAUUGGAGAAGUUCAAAUAUUUGAUACAAUAAAUCUGCGAGCUGUCACAAUGAUACCAGCACAUGAUAACCCCUUAGCUGCCAUAACCUUCAAUGCUCAAGGAACAAAAAUAGCAACUGCUUCAGAAAAAGGUACUGUGAUACGAGUGUUCUCUGUUCCUGAUGGGUCAAAAUUAUUUGAAUUUAGAAGAGGAAUGAAAAGAUGUGUACAUAUAUACUCAUUGGCAUUUAGUUCAGAUUCUAUAUACCUAUGUGCAUCCAGUAAUACAGAGACUGUUCAUAUAUUUAAAUUAGAAACUCAAAAAGACACUAAGCCACAAGAAGACCAGUCUGGAUGGAUGAGUUAUGUGAAUACAGCCACCAAACAGCUGACAACAUAUUUACCUAGUCCUGUCACUGAUAUGUUUAAUCAAGGCAGAGCUUUUGCUGUCUGUAAACUUCCUAACCAAGGCCUUAAAAACGUGUGUGCAAUAGCUAGUGUAAGGGAAGCACAGAGUAUACAGAAAAUCCCUCGCCUGCUUGUAGCUUCCCAAGAUGGAUACCUGUAUAUAUAUAACCUAGAUCCUAAUGAUGGAGGGGAGUGUACUCUUCUUAGACAACAUGGUUUGGAUGGACGUUUGUGUGAGGGAGGUAAUGUUUCUGAGCCCCCUACUGGAAGUUCUGAUAGACCACUAACCCAGCAAUCAAACCCUGUCAGCUAUGCAGGUUCACUGAAGCGUGCAGAACCGGCAGGAGAUGGUACACCACCUCGGCACAACGCAGAUUCUCAGCCAUUCCAAGAGUUUGAUCAAGGGGCCACGGGACAGGAUGUAGCAGCUGGGACAGGACUGAAUGCAUUACGAUUGGAUGAUGACAAUGAAUUCCCUCCCAUGACCCAUAAAGUUGAUUGACACCUCAAUAUAGAACAAUCUAUACUGGAAACAUAGGGAUGGUAAUGUGUAAGUGUAAAUGGUUAUGUCAUGUAACGGACAUGGUGCGAGACUCCCCCAGAUAUAUCUACAGUUCUGCAUUUCUUAAUGUAUUCUAAAACCUUAUAACUACUACACUGAAAAUGUCUAUAUGUAUACAAUACUUUUCCUUUGUAUUUCUGAACAUGUUUGUUAGUAUUGUUACACAUUUUUAUGUCUCUGGUACUACAAACUAGGUGUAUAUUCUUUAGCAAUAACAUGCUUUACACUGUUCUGCUAUUUUGCAUUUCCUGAAAGUUCCUCAGUUUAAAAGUUCCUUAGUAUAAUAAACUCGAAAAAAUAACAAUACUAAAUAAAAAAAAUAAUUCUGUUACACAAUCAUGCCCUAUGCUUAUCAUCUUCAAUGUUAUUUUACUGAAGAUUUAUCUUUUUUACUGCUACUAUCAAUAGAGGGAUGUUAAAUCAUACUGAUUUUAUUGGAAGGGCACCUUACAGUGUCAUAUCAUUUAUAUUUUUAUUCCUCGUAUUUUCUACCUUACAGUUGAAAAUAUGCAUGUUACCAGGUUGUUGUAUUUAUUUUUUAAGGUAAUUGGGUUGCUAGUCACUUGAUAUAUUUUUGCACUUUAAAAUUCUGCAAUUUAUUGGUAUAAUUUGAUUGAAAGCUGCCUUAAAUGUGGUAAUGUAAUAUUCAAUUUACUUUAUAUUCAUCCUAGCAUAUUGUUCCAUCAUGUUGAAGUUUGUUGUAUAAAUGACAGUAUAUAAACCAUCCUUGAAAUAAACCAUGUCAUCUAAUGAUUUAAGCAUAGAAUGAACCAUGUUCUUAAUUUACCAUAUUUCAUGGUCUUUUCCUGCUUUGGAAUAUUGUACAUUUAAUGUGAGGGACUGUGACAUUGAAGUACAAUGAAGUACUAAAAUAUACAUACAGGCUGACCUGACUGUAUACAUGGUAGGUCUGUCGACAUGUUUACAAGUGGUAGGUCAGCCAACCUAACUAUACUGGUGGCAGGCUGACGUGACAGAAUGCUUGUGGUAGGCCAACCUAACUGUAAAGUGGUGGUAGGCCAUUACCUGGCUGUUUACUGGUGGCAGGCUCACCUGACUGUAUACUGGUGGUAGGCUGACCUGACCUAGAUAUAUACUUGUGACAGCCAGACCUGACAGAAUACUUGUAAUAGGCCAACCUAACUGUAAAGUGGUGGUAGGCCAACCGGACUGUUUACUUGCAAUUUAACAUUUAAAUAUUUGUCUUCUUGAGAUUAUUAUAUAAUUUGACAAUAUUGUCAAAUACAUAUAACAAGGCUGUGAGAUGACUGCAUGUAUAUUUAAAUGGAUUUGUCUUCCUGUCCAAUACAGUAAACAAAAGUUUCUUUAACACAAUGUUAUAAAUAUUUCAUAAAUAUUAAGAUUGUUUGCAUUGAUUGACAGUGAAUUAUCAGCAUUUAAAUGUGUGAUUUUAAGAAUAAUGUUUAUUCAGAGUAGUCACAGGAUAGUUAAAAUGAAAUGUUUAUGUGAUAGCAGAUAUAGUAGAAGUAUACAGUGAUUUAUGUUGACGAGAUUGCUUAACAGAAAUUGAACUGUACCAUAUACAUGUAUUCCCAACAAAUCUAUGUGGAGACAUUGUGACAUUUUUUAUAAGCAAGAUUAUUAGUCAACUUUGAUUCUUUGUUAACAAAUUUGUUGUACAUGUAUAGAGUAAAUUUUAGUUACUAUAUUAGUUGUAUUUCUUUCCUAUGUAAGAUAGUAAAAGUUGGUUUCUCUUUUUUAAUACAAUGUUAAUAUUUUGUACUUUUUCAAAGCUUUAUAUGUUUUAAGACAUAUGUAAUAUAAUGUGACAGACAAAAUUUGAACUCACAUGUUUGUAUGUAUAUUUAUGUAGCAAUAUUUUUACAUAUAUACUAAUGAUAAAAUGUCUGAUGAUUGUGAACAGUGUCAUGUGAUUAAUGGUGCUUUAGUCAGCAUAACUCCCUAGCUCCUUGUUGCUUCCAUGAAAUUAUAUACUAACUCCUCCCUUGAAACGUGGAAGUUUCUAUAAAUAUAUUCUGUAAAACUUUGUAAAAGUGACCCAAUUUUUCCUGAUAAUAAAAUAUUAUGUUUCAAAUAUUGAUUUGAUAUUAGAGUGUAUAUGAUAAAUGAAUAGCUAAUUAAAUGAUGCGAACUUUCGGUUUACAACAUAUACCAUUAACAUUUCCCAUGCAACAGUGCUUCUGGUUGUUGUUAUUAAACAUAUUCCAACCAAACUUUCAUUGUUGUGAUGCUUUUAAUUGUAGUUUCUUAACACAUGUGUUAUUUAAUAUAGAUUUAAUUUCUAACGAUUUGUUUUAUUUAAUACCGAGAUAAUAAAGUAUCUGAUUCUGAGACUGAAAUGUGUGUAUAUGAUAUAAGAAUGUUAACACUAGGUAAUGGUCAGUAAAUUAUCAUAUUAGCUGCAUAUAUAGUUACCAUAUUCAUGAUUCAAACAUUAUUUAGUUUUAUUGUGCUAUUCAUUCGUUGUUAAGGCAAAUCUUAUUUGAUACAAAUAAAAAAAAUAUGAAAAUGGUGCAA